AUGGUCACAAUGGUUGAAAAAUAUGAUUUUAGUUUUAUCUCAAAUAACCUAUCUUUUGACGACCAUGAAGAUGAUGUAAGUGUGGAUGUUGACUCAACAGAUGAUGAUUGGCAAUGGGAAGAAAGGCUUCGACUUAUCAAUGAAUUUGGAGCUUGGACGAGCGGAAAUGACACCUUAGACAAAUUUAUACAACAAACCCAAUUAGAGACACCAGAUCCUCGCUUUCAUAUGCAAUGGAUACCUUUUGAAAAUUUUAGCGACGUCAAAUUUGUAGCAAAAGGAGGACAUAGUUCUGUUUUUUCUGCUACCUGGAAGAAUAAGAAAGAUCAAGUAUGGGAUGGUGCGAAACAAGUCUUUUUAGAAAAACCUCUUGUGGUUGCUCUAAAAUCCCUAAAGAACUCACAGGACCUUGGUGAUGAAUUCUUGGACGAGUUUAAACGUCAUGGUAGUCUCAAAUUGGAUGGGUGCGGAUAUAUUGUACAUUGUCAUGGAGUAACAAAACAUCCAGAAACUGGAGAAUAUAUGGUAGUCAUGAACUUUGCAGAAGACGGAGAUCUGCGUCACUAUGUACAACGAAACAUGGCAACGCUCCGAUGGAAAGAUGCUGCUGAAAUGUUAUGCAAUGUAGCAAUGGGUCUAUUAAAUAUACACAAGAAUGGUUCAUAUCAUAAAAAUCUGCACAGCGGAAAUAUAUUAAAGUUUUAUAGUUGUAAUAUCGCCGAUUUUGGUUUAUCGGGUCCCGCUAUUUCAUCAGAGACACGAGGGGUCUAUGGAUCUUUACCAUUCAUAGCUCCUGAAAUAUUGGCUGGAGGUUCAUUUAGCGCUAAGGCCGAUAUAUAUAGUUUUGCAUUUAUAAUGUGGGAACUUUCAUCAGGGAAACCUCCAUUUUCUGAUAGGCCACAUGACCAUUCGUUAGCUUUAGAAAUUUGUCACGGUUUUCGAGAGACAAUUGUGCCUGGAACCCCACUAUUUUAUGAACAAUUGAUGUUACGAUGUUGGGACGCAAAUCCAUCAAAAAGACCCGAUAUUGAGGAAAUAGUGGAUAUAUUAACAUCGCCCUACGCAUAUCAUCGUCGCCUACUUGGGUUAGACGAAUAUUCACUGAACACGGCCGAUGAGAUCGAUGACGUGGAUGCAUUUGAGAAGAUCUGCGCGUCACGAAUAUCAAAUACGUUAUAUCCGGUUGCACCGGAUAUUCACCCAUUUGCUUUUUAUACUAGUCGUUUCUUAUUCUUCCCCAAUUUACCGAUACCUACAAAUUCAACAUAUUCUGCGGAACCUGUGCUAACUUCUUACUUAAAUGCAAAUAAAAAAAUAAAUCUAGUCGAAGAAAUAACAUAUGAAGAUAUGAUGCAUCGAAGAAGAUCCAUAGCACCUCCACUUAUGAUUCAAACGGCUUGA